AUGGGGGGUGAUAUCCGCGCGACGAGCGACUUCUGGCCGUUCCCGUCGCGGGCCCCGACCUUCCAGGCGGGGCUCCAAUCCGCGAGGGGCUGCGCGCAGGAGGUGGGGGCGAUCGGGGAAAAGCGCGGCCUGGGCCCUCGUCGCGUCCACGCGGCGAUGGAAGUCUUGAGAGAGCUCCGCCUACCCGUGGGCGGCGCGACGGGAUCCGAGAUGGAAAAGCACCGCAAGACAAUAUUCGGCCAGUUUAUCACUGCAACGGCGAACCAGCGCGGGCGUCUCAUGGCCCAGGUGAUUUUUCAGAGUCCCAAGGCCAGCGAGACUUACAUGAAGGACGAGGAGGCCGAAGGGGCCCGCCUCGGGAUUUUGAGCUCCAGCCUGAAUCCCACCCCCGUCCUCGGAGCCGCGCGGCGGCAGAAAGAGAUCGGGGAGACGGCGCCGGCGUGGGUGAAGAACUUCUCCGCGCUCAAGCUCAAGGAGGCGAUGGCGGUAGGGCCCCCGGGGAUCAAUGCCGCGAAGGGACGCGGCGCGGGCCCCGAGGCAGCUCUUGAGCGCGCAGUGGAAACGGCGCUCCGACGCAGGCGCAAGGCGCUCCGUCGCGACGACAAUCCAGCCUGCAUAUGCUGGUGGGAGAUCACGGUGGGCAAGAGGCGUUACCAGACUCUCCGGGGCCAGAGGGGACAUAGCACGAAGUUUCAGGAGUUGUUUGAUCUUGCCACGCAGUACAGACUCAGGCGCACGAGCAUUGUGGAGUCUCUCGCGGGAGUUUUCCAGGAGACGACCAACGCCGAGGACUCCGGGCCACCGGCUGGGGCCUGA